AUGGCCUCUCUUCCUCCGGCGCCUUCCGGGAUCAAUCUCGACGACGAUAGGAGGGCUUCCAUCAUGGUUACCUCGAUUGUCACCUGGUGUAUGGCGGUUCUCGUCGUUGGGCUCCGCAUCGUCAGCCGUCGUUUGAAAAAUAUCGAUCUAUGGAUAGAUGACUGGCUCAUUAUUGCGGCAUUGAUUCCUUCAUGUGCCCACGUCUUCGGGAUGGGCGUAUAUGCCGUGAGCCGUGGUUUGGGCAGACAUGUCUGGGCCGGUCCGCCAGAUGCCCAAUAUGCCUGGGCAGUGGGAUUAUUCAUCGCCGAAUUAGGAUAUUUUGUGACUAUUGCAUGCGUCAAAUGGUCUAUUCUCGCCUUUUAUUAUCGCUCUUUCAAGAUCCGAAGUUCAGUCAAGUUGCCUAUAUUCACACUUGCUGUGAUUGUGCUGAUGUGGGCUAUUGGUGUCAUCCUCGUUACAAUUUUGCAAUGUCAACCUACCAGUGCGUGGUGGGAGCGUUUCAACCCGACGCACCCAUUACAGCCAGACGACUACAAAUGCACAGUAGACUCGGUCAAGUUCUUCUACGGAAAUGCAAUCCCGACAAUUGUUACCGAUAUUUUGAUAUUGCUGUUACCUCUUCCGUACAUCACAACGCUGCAGCUUCCCAGGGGACAAAAGUGGGCUCUUGCUGGUAUUUUCUGCGUUGGACUUUUCGUUACGAUCGUCUCCAUUGUUCGCCUUCACUAUUUACUCCAAGGGAAUUUGACCAGUCCAGAUAUUACCUGGAACUUUGUCAAUAUCGCUUUGUGGUCUGUCGUGGAAGGAAACACAGCCAUCUUUUGUGCUUGCCUACCUUUCUUGCGGCCGAUUCUCAGCAAAUUCACCUUUGGCAUUUUCAGUCUCUCAUCUGUCCCAUCCAAGAAACAGCCGUCCAGUGGAACCCGAGGAACCCUCAGAAUGAGCUACUAUCAAAAAGAUGGCGCCCGGCCUUGGCAGGGUGAUGGCCGAUUUGUUACGACAACGUCUCAUUCUCGAGCGUACAGCCACACACACGAGACAGACGAACACCCUUUUGCACACCUCACGGACGAUGGCUCAGAGCGUAGCAUCCCUGUUAAGGAGAGGCAAGAAGACUCGCAGAUUGAACUUGGCAACGUCUCUCCACCGAGAGGUCCUGUCGAGCCCAGCGGCAUAGUCGUUACCCGAGAGUUUCAUCUACAACAUCAAGAGGCUCAGCAGCACCAAGACGUUUAA